CACUUCCUUUGUUUUUAAUAGAAAGAUAUUGUUUUUUUUUCCACUUGGGUAUUAAUUCUUUUCAUGACAAAAAUUAGACUUUUUUUUUUUAAGCUUCCUUUCAGCCCCCAUUAAACAUUGAAAAUGGCAGAUUAGAAAUCAUCGUUUCCCCUCCAAAGGAAACAUUCAUCAUUCCUCCCAACAAUCUUUUUCGACCUUAGAAACCUGCUUCUAAGAGACAUUCCCUUCUUUUUAUUCUUCUUCAAUAAUAUAAAUAUUACUCUCCUUCAUAACUUUUUUCCUCCCUCUUCUCUAUUCUUCUUCAACAAUAUAAAUAUUACUCUCCUUCAUAACUUUUUUCCUCCCUCUUCUCUCAUCGUCUAAAUUUUCCUUUUUAAUUACUCCCCACCCCCCCACCCCCACCCCACCCCAUACACACACAAAAAAAAAAUCCUUCUAUAUGAUGGAUCCUUCUUCUACAAACUCUGUGAAUGGUUUCUACACUUUUCUAACAAGAGGGAUUGAUGAUCUUGUAAGAGUUUUUCUUUCUAACAACUUCAUGUCUAUUCAAUUCCUUCAAAGGGUACUUUCCCUUUUGAGAUCUUUCCAUACACAGUUGAUACUUCUUGUCCAAAAACUUCACUUGCCUGUUGGUGAAAAGUGGCUUGAUGAGUACAUGGAUGAAAGUUCUAAGCUUUGGGAAGUUUGUCAUGUUCUCAAGACUGGCAUUUCUGGCAUGGAGAAUUACUAUGCCGCUGGUUUUAAUCUCACUUCUUCUGUUGAUUCUGAUCCCCUUCUUACCCCUCAAUUAUCUAGACAAGUGAUUAGAGCAAUAACAGGAUGCCGAAGGGAUGCAGUGGGACUGGAGGAAGAGAAUAGAGCAUUAAUGGAGACAAGAAUUGAGCCACUUUCAUUAAGAUUGGAUGAAGUUGUUUCAGUUGAAUCAAAGCUUAAUGGUUUCAAUGGAUUCAGGGGAGUUCUUUAUGCAAUGAGGAAUGUUAGCUCACUCUUGCUAAUGAUCUUACUCUAUGGAUUAGUCUAUUGCCGGCCUGAAUCGUCGUCCGAAUUUUUAAGAAGAGGAGAGUAUGAAACAGGGUGUUUGUUCUUUGGAUCAAAUUUUAUGAUCUCAACUUCAAGAUUGAAACAGAGAGUAGCUAAUGAGAUCAACAUGAUGAAUGGGAGGCCAGCGUCAUCAUCGUCACCGUCAUCGUCAUCAUCAGGGGUUUUAUUGUAUGAGUUUAGGAGAUCAAAAGUACUGAUGGAUGAACUUAGAGUUGAAUUGGAAAAGAAAUGUUGUAGCAUAGUGAAGUGGGAAACAGAAAUUGGUAUAAGAGAAAGAGUUGAUAAUUUGAAAGGGCAUUUUGGGGUUUUGAGAUCUGGUACUGAGAAUAUCAUUGGACAAUUGGAUGAUUUUUUUGAUGAAAUUGUUGAAGGAAGGAAAAAGCUUUUGGAUUUCUGCAGCCAUAGGUGAAAAAAAGAAACCAAUGUUUGGGAAGGAAAAAAAAUACAAGUAGGGAAAAUCUGUAGUUGUUGGUUGUACCUUUUGUUGGUUUCAACUUUUUUUUAAAAAAAAAUUUCUUUUCUCUCUUAA